AUGAAGAUUCCUGUGACCGCUGACGCCGAGUCAGCGAGUAAGGAUGGCCUUCAGCAUGAUGAUAUUCGGGCCACAGCGACGGUGAGAGAUAGAAUCAAGCAAUUUUCCGCCGAGGCUUCAAUACCCAUUGAAAAGGCAUCUUUCUCGCGGCAAGCACCUUCUCAAAACCCUUCUAUCACGGCCAAGCCUCCUAUUCCUCCACAACGAGCCGCAUUGAAACCAGGAACCAAGCUGGUAAAGGCCACUGGAACAGAGCUAUGUGGCAAUCAACAACACGGCAGAAGUCGCAAUAUCUCCCCAAUUGCUCAUUUUCCAGCUGUUCCUUUGAGCAAUAAAAAUACAUCCGCCAUAUUAUCCUCGGACUCAGAGGCAGGCGCUGAGCUAGCCGAUAGACGAGAAUUCACAGGUUCUAAGGCUGUCGUUGCUGUAAGACACGGCAGUCGAGUUCCUCACGCCGAGAUGAGUUCUUGGAAGAGCCCGACACCCCUUCCUCAGAGGAAGAAAGAAGCACCCCCCGUUCCACCACGAUCGUCCCAAUUAUCUACGGAGUCAGAACUGCUACAGCUCGACCCACCAAGUCUGCAUACGGACCAAGAAGGUUCCGGGUUCAACCACACAUUGGAAGUACGGGAAUCGGACAUAUCCGACAGCGCAUUAGCGGACGCAAUGACCGCAUCAUAUUUGAUACCUUCUCACGCUGCAUUGGGUUCGAAAUGUGGUCUUAAACAACCACCGCCACCGCCACCGCCAAGGCAGAGAGGUCCUCCCUCUCAGCCCUUAUUGCAGCUAUCAAACGAUUCCAGCAAAGUAAAUCCGCCAGCCCUCGGUCCUGAUGAGAUAUUAAAAAGGGGGAUGGACAUGCUCGAUGAGCCAAAAUCUGGCAGUGAAUUACCCCCAAAACCACCAAGGCGGGUGACUUUUAAUCCCAACCCUGAAGUGUUUCAGAUAGAGAGUGGAAACUUCGUGCAGGGCCAAGUCACUUCGAGUGAGCGGAAAAGAUACGAGGAAGUUUGGGAAGCUAAUAGAGGUGUGGCCCGAUUUGGUGUUAUGCAUGACCCGAACGUCGAUCAGAAGGUUAUUAGGAAGUCGCUUGCAUAUGAAGAUCUGGUUGUAGACUUGGUGGUCCGAGAUAUCUGGAGUCGCUCUCGGCUACCGCAGGCUGAGCUGGCGAAAAUUUGGAAACUAGUAAGCCACGACGCUGUCGGCAUGCUGUCAAGGGAGGAAUUCGUCGUGGGAAUGUGGCUUAUUGAUCAGUGUUUGAAGGGCCACGGAUUGCCAACAAAUGUGCCCAAAAGUGUAUGGAAGAGCGUUCAGUAG